AUUCAUCUGAGACUGUGGUGACUCACUGACAAGCACAAAUCACGUUGACAACCACAAGUCAACAGCCUGACAGUGUUGUAUUUUUUGUAAACAAAAUUAUGGCAGAAGAUACAUGUUUUUUCAAUUUAUCCAAUUUCGCAGAACUAAAUCAGUUUUUGCAUGAAUGCGUAGACGACCUGAUAUCAAAAAGACAAAUAAAGUUCGGUACUUUCGAGAACAAUGAUACCAAAUGGACGCAGGAUAAUUUUGAUAAAGCGGUCAAGUAUAUUCAAAAUUGCUACCGAAAAUCUGUUGUGGGGGGGAAGUUACAUCUAGAUCCUUCAAUAAACGAUGAUGUAGCUGAUGCCAUUAGAAAAUGCUAUGAAUUUAGAAAAGCUGAUAUACAGCAGGCACUUGUAAAAGAUGCACUGCUUAGGAAAGGAGACUGUGUGGUGGAGAACAUUGACUGGAAACUAAAGUGGAUAUUAGGUUCAUCAAGUCUAGCUUCUCUAAGGGAACCACUAUUACAAGUUUUCUUCCAUUGUGUAGAAAAGCAUGACUCUAGAAUGGAAAAGAAGACAGUUCAGUUUGAAGCUGGUCUGAACCAACUGGAUUCAUUAAUAGAAGAACUGACUAAACUGAAACAGACGUUAGCUGUCGAAACAUCCUCUUUAAAUUAACAUGAUACACGUUUCCAUGCUCUUUUGAUUUAUAGCCAUGUACUUUCAAAAUCAGCAGGAGAGUCAAAGGAAUUUUACUCUAACAUGGACAUCCGCAAAAGAUACAUAGCCCCAAAAUUUUUGUGUGAUUCUAUUUUUGAAAUCCAAUUUUAGUAUUUGAAAAUUUAGGAUUUUCUACAUAAAAAAGGUACUCUUAUUGAAUAUCGAUAAAUUGUGCCAUUUUUGAAUAAAAUCAAACUAAAAAAUUUGUCACAUGAUAGGAAAUGUACUGUGCGAAUUUAAAUGAAUUGUUGAUUAUACAUAGAUAGCCAUGACUGCAAACAAAAGUUGUUUUGAUUUGUUAUGACUUAUUUUGACAUUAAGCUGACAUUGUUAGCAGUGCAAAAUUACUAGAUUACAAUCAAAAUUUUUAUUAAAUCGACUUAAAAUGCCAAGAUUUACAGACAGAGAACUGACUGACAUUCAUUUUGUGUAUGGGUUUUGCAAUGGCAGGUCAUUGGCAGCUGUAAGAGAAUAUCAAAGAAGAUUUCCCAUUCGCAAAUGAAAUACAUAAGAAGAAAAAGGUUUUCCACUUUUCAGGCUACGCAAUCAUUACUGCGUCGAGCGAGUCUCUGUAUCCAACAAAAUGAGAAUUUAUUUGAACACUUAUUGUAAAGCUAGUUUUAAGUAUAUCCAACUGUAUGUCUUCUUUUUUAAACAAAUUUCAAGAAGAAAAAAUUUAUUUCUUUUGUUUUUGCCUUUUGUUAUGGCUAAUUAUUUAACAAUUCAUUUAAAUUCGCAGUACAUUUCCUAUCAUGUGACAAAUUUUUUAGUUUGAAAUGGC